UUGCACUAUAAUGCUAUGUGUUUGGAGGGUUGCUGAUCUGAAUAAACCGCUAUUAAUUAUAAAUAGACUAUCGAUGUUCUGGUAGCUUGGCAUCACUUAAAUAAGUGUUUUACGAAUUUGUUAAAUUAUUUGUACAAUACCUCUUUCCAUAAAAUGAGUGAUUUACCAGAAAAUUUGCAAGUAAUUAAACAGGAGCAAAUUUCUCCAUCUACUUCAACGGAAGCUUCACUAUGCCAUAACAACAACAUAAAGGUUAGAUUAAAUCUGCACGUAAAACGACGAUUACAGCAAGACUAUAAUCAAAACAAAGACGAAGAAGCCGAGACGAAUCCCACUAGUGGUCGUAAUAAGAAUAUGCAAAGUGCUGCUGAAUAUAACAGAAGUAAGCAGAAUAUUGAUGCGCCAAACGAAAAAAUGAUCAGACAAAAGCGGCCAUACCACAAACGUACAGAUAAAGUAAAAAAUUCAUCCACUUCAACGGAUGCACCAAAUCAACAAGUGCGCAAAUAUAAACAUAAAUUGAAACAGUUAGUUAUUAACACAGCGGCGAAUCCAGAUGUGUCCACGCCAGCGUCAAUUGAAGAGAGCGGACCAAAUUCUUCAAAUGUGGGUACCACAAGCGCUGGUGACGAUGAAAACGAAAUACGUUUAGGGCGGGAAAAAGACAAAUGUCCGGACGUUUUGGCUAUGGUGCUAAGUAUGAAGAAAAGAGCGUUGCUACAAGAUCCGGAAGUGCAAAGCUUUCUAGUGGAGGUUAUGAAAGUAAUGAAGGAUUAGAAUAUGCAAAAGAGUAGAAUAAAUAAAGUCUUAUAAAAAUACCGCUAAUGACGAAUAAAACCAAAA